CACACAUACUUUCUGCAGCAUGUACGUGUAUUUGUGUGCGUAAGGCACAGUUCUGGCACCACCUCGAGCAACACUGCGAGUGUCUCUGCUCCUUGAGCUUCCCCAGAGUGAUGCGUUAAGUGAACGGAGAUGUCCCAGCGCAACGGGAGGCUGCAGCUCUCGCUCCGCUCUCAUGCUUCUCUCAGGGAGUGAUGGUUAGUAAGGAGACAGGCCCCUACGUCCUGUCAAAUUCAGACUCGGAUUCAGAGGCUGGAGGUCCAUUCCUCGGAAGUGAGGGCAGUAGAAGUGGAGACGGAGUGCACAAAAGGAACAAAGCCCUUCAGGUCCGCUUCAAGGACAUUUGUGAGGCCCAGAAUGAGGCAGCACGUCUAGCUCGGGGUGCCAAAACCCACUCUGUUUCAUGCAAGGUCGUACACAAGAGGUACAUGACAAUGCCGGCACGCCGCUCAAUACCCAAUGUGACCAAGAGCACAGCAGUGCAAACCUCACCUGAAUUGAAGAAGCGUUAUCAAACUUUUCCAUUUGAGCGCAAAAAGGGGCACACUAUUAAACACACAGCUCUGGUGGAAAACUAUGAGAACCAGAACAAUGGGUUUCUAAGUGAACUUCAAGCUACCGAGGAGGAAAAGCCUCAUGGUGCAAGGGUACAGAAAACUCGAGUGCUUCUACACAGUAUGCCACCAUGUGCUGGUGUGCAGGAUUUGUGCCAAGAUAACAGCCUUGACUCUUCUGGUCAAGGUAGAGAGACUGAUGAAAACUUGCUUCAAUCAGACUCAAAGGAAGAAGAAUGUAGUCAAGAAAGUAGCUCCAAGCACAAAGGAUUACCCAGUCAGAGUGAAGUUGGAGCAGAACAAGAGCCCAACUGCACUAAAAGCUCUUCAUCUUCAUCAACACAACCUCUGCGGGACAGAGGUGCCAUUUCAAAGGUCACAGGGCCCAUCGCAUGGACAUCUUUGACACAAGUGGAAUGUUUGGAUAGUCCAUCAUUGCAGUGCAAGCGUAAGAAAGAUCCUUUGAAUGGUCUGCAGUCUCAGACAUUACCACGUACAGGAAGCUUCCCAACCCAGAGUACCAGUCAGCCUCACUUCCAUGGUACAUAUGGCUUUGGUAGUACGGAUACCCAAAGACUUACCAGGAGACACGUGUGCGGGCAGAUAAUUCCUUUGCCUGGGGCAGAUGGAGACGUGAAAUCCCGAUUGCAGGCCAUGGAGACUCUGGUCAUGUCAAGCCAGGAAACCAUUAAAGUGCUGCUGGGGGUCAUUCAGGAAUUAGAGAAAGGAGAGGCGCAGCGAGAAGGCCGACUAUCAUACCGAACAGGGCAGGAUACAGCCAACUGUGACACGUGCCGCAAUAGUGCCUGCAUCAUCUACAGCGUGGAGCUGGACUUUAAGUUGCAAGAGGAUAAACUCCAGCCAUUGAUGAAAAGACUGUGUCCAGCAGCAGACCCAACCUAUCCUUCUCUGCCUUAUACGCAUGAAGUGUAUACUUCCACCCCCAAGCGCAAGUCCAAGACUGAAGCCAAGAAGCAUGCACGCUGGAGACUGUGGUUUCUUUGAAUCGAGACAUUUACUACUCUUAUUUCCAGCAUUGAUGCACCACAAGAACAUCCAGAGCUCAGUCUGUCAAAUUCUGCACUGACAAAGUGAAACACCACACUCCAGGAU